UAAAAUGCUUGCGGGAGAUCAAGUAGAGGAACAAAGUACAAAAGUUCUCGAAUUGCGUGCAGCCAUUGAAGUUCAACAGGACUUGGCUGUAACAAGUACACUACAAACGGAAAUUGUUUGGGAUGUAUUGGGUCCAGAUCAAGGAGAUGUUUUGUGCAAAAAAUUGGAAUAUAUGUUUCCGGAUGACAGAACGGUUUAUGCAUCCAAACAAGACAUACGCAGAGCACGAAGACACAAUGUUAACGUCAAAGAAAUCCGAGCUAAAUUGUUUCAAAAUAUUUGGCAACAGAGAAAAUAUACAAAUGGCGUUCUAUUACACUCUAUUAUUUACGUAAUAGUGACAUCAGAUACUGAUGUAGAGAAUGCAAAAUUGUCGCAUAAUUAUUCCAUACAUCCCAUAUUUCGUACGAGACGAUGUCUAAAUUCGAACAGCAGUUCGGGCUGCUGUAUGAUAUUUAUAGACGAGCAGUCUCGUAUAUAUAAAAAUUGGAAUGAUUUUGUAAAAAAUAAUGAAUUACCUAUUGGCGUUAUGGUUGCACCAGCUAAUGGAUGCUAUAGCUUGGACGAUAACAACAUGGUGCAAUUAGAGUGUUGCCUUACACCUGCGUAUCAUAGAAAAAGCCUAGCAAAAAUGGAUGCCGUAUUCUCUGCGGUGUCUGCAGUGGGUCAGGCUACUACUUUGGUUCAUCCGAUAUUUUCGCUAUUGACCAUUGGUGCUAAGACCUAUGAGACAUUACGUGAUUAUCAGAGGAUGUCCGAUAAAGUUAGUCAUGGUACGGCAACUAAAACUUCGGCCAACUUGAAUUUAAGCGGAAAUGUCAUUUGUUUGACAUCGUCUGUUGCAACUUUGGGUGCUUACAUGGUUGUUCCGAAUGGUGGAGCACUUUCUUUUACAGCAAACAUGUCAAUUCAGGCGGUAAAUAGCGCAGCAACAUUAAUAAAUUGUACCAAAUUUAUUUUGACAACCUAUGACAUAUUCACGCGUUAUUUCAGAGAUGAAGCUGAUCUACAAUUUAGCGAUCUUAUGGCAUUCGGUUCUUCAUUAUUGUUAUUAACAAAUUCCGUAAACAAUAUGGUAAUAACAUCACAGUUGGGAAAUAUUGGUGGAAAUUCAUUGCGAAGCUUGUUGCAAACUAAUAUUAAAGCUGGUCUUUCAUUAGUUGCAGAAGAAGCUAUCCGUUUUACAACACAAAACGGCAAUAAGUUUGAUCUCUUACGUCUGGUCAAUGAUAUACCAUACAAAGAUAUUUUACGCACAAUGCAUACCAUUUGUGAAAAUCUGACACCAACUGGUUUCCUAACAACAAUCUCAGCUAUUGGUACAGUGGUUCUUGAAAUGUCACCUGGUCUAGCAGUUGAAGUAACAAAUAAAGAGAUAACGCAACUUAAUUUUAUUGAGUUGGCCAAAGUCUAUGGUUCGAAGUUUGUCAAACAUAUUGCAAAUUCGAACAAUCUCAUUGAUGUCCUCAAUGGAAUGGGCAUUUAUUUUUCAGAGGCAGUUAUACAACUGAUAUUCAAUCAAACGCGUCUAUUUGUCAAUACCUGCGUCGAUGUUAUCGACGAACAGCAGAACACAUUCCUAACAACGGAAAUGAUCCUAUUUAAAAUGUUUACGUUUGCGGUGAAAAACUAUACGAAUUUGAGCUAUGAAUAUUUGGAUAAUAAGAGGGAUGAACUAAUACAGGGUGUCGCAGAAUAUUUCCAGUCAUUGAAUCCGAUACCGCCAUUAUCAUCGUCGUCGUCAUCGGAUACGGAGAGCGGUUCUAAACGCAAUUGUGAUGUUUGUGGUGGUUAUUAUUAUUUAGUCGAAUUAUAAUUGAAUAGAGGAGGAAGAUGUUAAUGGAUUGUGAUUGUCAAUAUUUUCUUUUCUUUUUUCUUCAGUU